UCAAAAGAUGUCCUGUGGCCGCAGCUGGCAGUAUUGUGGUUUUCGGGAUGGCAACAGAAGACAAGGAGGCACUGGAAGGCCGGGGGGCAGGAGAAAGCUGCCCAAGCUUCCCCAAGAUGAUGCCUGAUGACCCCAUGUCUGAAGGGAAGUCAAGGGCUUCUUUGCCCCAGGAGGCAGAGUCCCCGAAGCCAGACUCCUCCUACGACUACCUGGAGGAGAUGGAAACUUGUGAGGACGGAGGCUGCCCGGGGCCACCUAAGUCACUGUCCUCCAAGGCCGGCCCCACCAGCACCAAGGGCCAGGCGGGCGACGGACCCGAACAUGCAGAGCUGCCCCUGACCCCAGCCGUGGCUGCCGCGGGGACCCCAGGGCCUGAGCGCAACGCCGAGAUGGAGCUGGAGAAGGUGCGCAUGGAGUUCGAGCUCACGCGGCUCAAGUACUUGCACGAGGAGAAUGAGCGCCAGCGGCGGCACGAAGAGGCGAUGCAGCAGUUGCAGCAGCAGGCAACGCCCCGUCCGUUCUCAGGAGGCCUCCAGGACCUCCUGCUCCCCCAGAACCAGUUCUCCAUGUUCCUGUACUGCUUCAUCUUCAUACAUGUCAUCUAUGUCACCAAGGAGAUGAUCUUCUUUCUCUUCUCCAAGCACUACCUGUUCUGCAUCGUGGCCAUUUUGUUCUGUUUGAUUAAAACUUUAUGGUCAUACUUCCAAGUGCCUUCGCUCUCUCCAUCACUGGGCCCCAUCUUCCCUUAUCUGUGCCUCCAUCCCGUCAGAACUUACUCUUAG